AUGGAGCAGAGGAGGACGCAACUGAUGAGAUGGUGGAAGAUGUCUCGGAGCAGACAGGUGGAGCUGCUAAAAGCGUGGCUGAUCAUGUGGAUGCCGAAGAGGCUGCAGAUUAAGGGUCUCCUGCUGGCGUCUCGGAGAACCUGGUUCCCCCUUAAGGGACUCUGGGUGAGUUCUACGUCUCCCGAAUGA